CAGCCAGGAUACAGGAUGGUUUCUAGCAAUGGUGGCUCCUCCAUCAUUUGUGAAAAAUGCCCAGAAAAUAUGAGUGGAGUUACUCAGGAUGGGUGGAAUUGUAUUAUCUGCCCUAAAGGCCUAACUUCAGAAGGAAAAUGUAAAUGCCUCAAUAAUGAAAUAUUAGUGGAGAGAAGUAUUGAUGGCAUUUUGCUUAAUGAAGCAUUGUGCAUACAUUGUAAUGGAAGUGAGCACUCCUUGUCUGCUUCAGAUGCCUCAGGAAAUAGGUGUGUAAGAUGUGAACAAACUUUCAUCAAUGUAAGCAAGUCUUGUGACUGCAGCAGCCCAAACAUUUUAACUGGGGGAUUAUGUUUCAGUGCUGGUGAAAGUUUACCCCUAAAAGGAGUUGCAACUGUUCAUUUUGGACAGCUAGGUUUAACACUGACCUCAGCCUGGUUCCUGCAAAACCUGCAGUCCUCAGCCUCUGCCUGUUGGUCUCACUCUAAUCUGACAGCAUGCCAAGCUCUUGGAAAUAUGUGUGUGAUGAAUAUGAACUCACUGAGUCCUUCAAGUGCUGAUGCCUGUGGUUUGUUUCAGUAUAUUUAUGUCAACACAGCAAGGUUAGGCGUUGUUCAUUCAGUAGCCUUCUGGAGGCACAACCUGCCAUGGUUAUAUUAUGGUGAUCUACCAGGAUUAGCAUCCCAAGUGCUUGAGGCAAAUCAUUUCCCUGCAGUCUUCAGUUUUAAAGGAACAGAAAAGGAUGUAAAGCUGCAAUUUAUUGCAGCCUCGUUUGAUGCAGCAGGAAACUUCCUUAAAUGGCAAAGUCUGGAAGGAGGCAUCUUACAGCUUUGUCCUGAUACCCAAACUAAAUUGGAUGCAGCUUAUGCAUUUGGAACAACUUACCAGCAAAGUUGCAAAAUUUCACUUUCCAAGAUUUUACUGGAUUUUCCUAAUCCAAUCUUUUAUGACCUGUUCCUUGAAUAUAAUGGUGAUAAUGGACAGCAAUAUCUCUGGCCUGUGCCAGUUUUAAACUUGAAUCUUCAGUACAGUGAAAUGUUUGUUAAUCAAGGCAGUAACAUGAACAACUGGCUUUUGACUCGUCGAUUUUUCUUGGUGGAUGCUCUGAGUGGAAAAGAGAACAGCUUGGGAAAGCUACCAAGAGUAAUUCGGAUUGCUAGCAAAAUAACCAUAAGCAUUCGUCUGGUACCCCAGAGUAAGAGGGGAGCCAUCUACCCUCCUCUGGUUACUGUUGCUUACACAGAUGUGCUUGUCCAGAACCCUGAAACCCAGAGUGUAAAGGUUUCCUUCUCAGUCAGUUAUGAGAUGAACCAGUCAGAGGCUCAGACUGAUAUUGCCCUGGGUGUGUUGGGUGGUCUGGCAGUGUUGUGGUCCCUCCUCAAGACUACAGGCUGGAAGAGGCGUACAGGAAGCUCUGUAAUUGACUUGCAGACAGUUUUGAAGUUUCUCCUGUUCUAUGCUGGAGACCUUGCCAACGUUUUCUUUCUCAUCACAGUGGGCACAGGGAUUUAUUGGCUUGUGUUCUUCAAAGCUCAGAAGUUUGUCUCCGUCCUUUUACCACUUCCAUCUCAAGAAGAGGAAUUUGUCACAUACAUAGCCUGUGCAUUUAGUUUAAAGGCCCUGCAGUUCUUACAUUUGCUGGUUUCACAACUCACUGUAGAUAUUUUCUUUAUCGACUGGGAAAGACCUAAGGGCAAAGUUCUUAAAGCAGUUGAAGGUGAAGGGGUUAUUAGAAGUGCUGCUGCACCUGUGAGCAUAUGGAGGACAUACUUUAUAGCAAAUGAAUGGCAUGAAAUUCAGACAGUGAGGAAGAUAAAUCCCCUCUUCCAAGUGAUUGCAGUCCUUUUCUUUCUGGAGGUGGUGGGAUUUUCAAACCUGGCUUUAAUGGAUUCUUCUUCCAGUCUUACGAGAAGCAGUGAGAGUUACAUCGCUCCCUGGAGCCGCACGUUGAGAUUUGGGGUGUCUGCUGCUCUGUGGCUGGCCAUUGCCUUCCUGCAGAUUCUAUUUUUUUCUGUGUUCUAUGAAAGAUUUGUUGAAGACAAGAUAAGCCAGUUUGUUGAUUUGUGUUGCAUGAGCAAUAUUUCAGUCUUCCUCUUGUCACAUAGCUGCUUUGGGUACUAUAUCCAUGGGCGCUCUGUGCAUGGGCAUGCAGAUACCAAUAUGGAAGAAAUGAAUCUGAACCUAAAGAGAGAAGCAGAGAAUCUCUGCAGUCAGAGAGGUUUGCUGCCCGGCACAGAGUGCCAGACCUUUCAGAUCUCCCUGUCAAGAAGGAUGCGGCUGCACUACGACAGGAUCCACGAAGCCCUGACCAGGAAACGUGGUCCUGCCAGGCUUGUGGACUCCUCAGCAAAUACUUUUGAGCAGAGCACAAGGGCAUACAACACCAUGAACAAGUUCCUCGGCUCCUUCAUUGAUCACGUUCACAAAGAAAUGGAUUAUAUUGUAAAAGAUAAGUUGCUGCUGGAAAGGAUUCUUGAAAUGGAGUUAAUGGAACCACUGGAUAAAAGUAUAUUUUACAAUGACGAAGGACAGGCUUUCACUGACGUUCUCUAUUAUGGCAACGAGACCACGCUGCUCAUCUUCGAUAUCCUCUUUUUCUCCGUGGUGGAUCUGGCUUCCCAGAGUUUUGUGUUAGCAGCCAUUGUGACAUACUUGCAACAAGAGAUAUUUAGGUUCAUUCGUAAUACACUUGGGCAGAAGAAUUUGGCAUCCAAAACCUUGGUGGAUCAAAGAUUUCUCAUUUGA